UCACACAUUUAAUAUCCACACAACAUUACACAAAACCCUUAUUCUCCGAGUACGAUCAAGAGUAAUUAUUUUCCUUUAAAUCUCUACAAAUAUUUCCAAUCUAUAAGAAUACAUACAUAGUGAUUCAUAUACCUCAAUUAAGAGUUUAAAUUUGUUGGAUCAUAUAUAAAAAGAGCAAUGGAGAUGAUAACGAAGAUGGUGAUGGAGAGACCGGUGGUGAUAUACAGCAAGAGCUUGUGUUGUAUGUCUCACACGAUCAAAACUUUGCUCUGUGAUUUCGGAGCGAAUCCAGCGGUUUACGAGCUGGAUGAGAUAUCUAGAGGGAGGGAGAUUGAGCAGGCGUUGUUGCGGAUAGGUUGUAGCCCCGCAGUUCCGGCGGUUUUUAUCGGGGGAGAGUUGGUUGGUGGAGCCAACGAGGUCAUGAGUCUACAUCUAAACGGGUCCUUGAUUCCUAUGCUUAAGCGGGCUGGUGCAUUGUGGGUUUGACUUAUUAAUAUAUAUAUAUAUAUAUAUAUUAAUUAACUAGUUUGCUUAACACUAAGUUAAGUGUACGCAGAAUAAUGUUUUAACACAUCUAUGAUCUUUAUGAUCUGUGACAUGGUGAUAUGAUGAGUCCACGUCGGAUCAAUAAUUAGUGUGUUGUCUUUUUUUUUUUUUUGAGGUUAUCUUUUUUUUAAAAGAUAUGUAUUGACUUAUAUGAACUUUUAUGAAGAAAUAAUAAUAAUUGAUCUGCAUAAACU